AUGGCUACGGCCGUGAAGCACAGUUAUGAUGAGGAAACACAGUCUUCCGAUUCAACCAAUGAUGUCCACGGUUCACCACCAAUUAAACUCUCAGUACACCAUCAAAUCAACUGUCCGUGGUGCUCAGAAUCAUUCGAUGCUCCAGAAGACGGCGUCAAACCUGAUCAUGAUACUUUGAAAGAGCACAUUGCGCUUGUACAUCCUCGCAUUGCCAAUCUUUCCGCACAUGAUGUUGCGCGCAAGGACAACGACUCAGACGACACUAUGACUGUUCGCAACGUUGCUGCCGUCACAGCUCCUGUGACUGAAGUGGACUUAACACCAAUAGGAUCGGAGACUCCUGACAUUGACUUGAAUGCCGGGGCUGCCGAUUCUCUCGAUAGUAAACUGCAUGACCUUGAACGUCAGCAGGAACGGGCACGCAACACAGAAAAGAGCCUUAUGGCAUGUUGGAAAUUGCAUGAUGCCCGCAAGUUCAGCCCUGAUUACGACGAUACCACGGCGGAACUUGAGGAGACCUGGGGCUAUGUCUUCGACGACUCAAAGGCAAACAAAAAGGCCAAGGGUAGGAAACGAAACCGCCCUAAUCCAUAUCUGAGCACUACAACGAAGAAAGGAGAGUUUCUGGAAGUUACUCCCGUGGAAGAAUUCCUCAUCUCGCUCAACGACUAUGAAUCCAUGUCCACAGACCAACUUUACGCUGCAUCCCAGAAUGUUUACCAUGCUCUGAAGACCUGGCAAGAUGAGUGGAUGGCUAUUGAAGAACUUAACAAAAGACUGAGCACCAAAACUAAGAAAUCGGCUAAUCCCCGAACAUUGGACCCGCCUAAAGUAUUCCAAGAUAAGAGGGAAGCAGCGCUGUAUGGCUACAAGUAUGAUCAUUCGAUACAUGAUCCCAAGAAAAAUGAUGUGAACAGCGAAACGACGUUCAAAUCUCAAGAUCCUUUUAUACAAGGCGGUUUUCGACCAACUCCGGCUCAGUUACGCAAGAUGCAAAGCGAAGUUGGAAAGAACAAACCCAAUCCAGACGGUUUCAAGACCAUGACGAGACACGGACAAGAAUAUAUUCCUCGAUUCCAAGAUCCACCAUUGGUUCCAUUUGAAUCGCGAGGAUCAACGACUCGAAAGCGUAAAUUACCUCAAGGCGAGGUCGCAGCCCUGAGACAAGCAAGUGUCCACGAUAGCACGCCAGCUUAUGACUCCGAUCUGGAUGGACAGCCUCUCAAGCGUGUCACUCGUUCUGCUGUCAGCAAGACAGUCGAAAAACCUCAAACCAAGACAGCGCCACCAAGUCCAGGUCCACGUGCUCGUGGUGGAAAAAAGCGCGGAGGAGCGUCAAAGGCGAGCCAGCUCUCCAAGAUCACUUCUGAACAAGUUAUCACUCAGACUGGAGACACGCCAACCGACAGCACCCUCUCAACUGGAAUUGAAACCACUGCAUCAUCAGCUCCUAUUGUUACUCAGGCCCCUUUUAUUGGCUUUGUCUCUGCUCCCAGCCCAGAGCAAGCUGACAUCGCAUCCGCGCCCAAACCGGCCCUUGCACCCGCAGCUCCAGGAGCACCUCCGGCCCUCGCUGCUUUGCCUUCAAACCUUAUGGAACCUGGCGAAGAAGUCACCGAAGAAGAACUCAGACGUCGUGAAAAGAUCGCCAAAUCCAAAAAUCCUCGCCGAACAAUAGCUAUGCUUGAUCAUUGGUCAAAAUUUCAUGGGGACGGACGAGUCCGCAAUCCUAAGCGAACAAGAGAACAGAUGGAAGCAGAUAGGCUUGCAGAGGAACAGCGCAAAGCAAGCGAGCAAGGAAAACCUGCGAAGAGACGUAGACGCAGGGCCGCGAAUACCACUACAGUCAGCGACGCAACAGUUACACCAAUGAUAACAACUACCGCUACGGUAGCAGGUGUCUCUCUGCAACCUGUCUCGAUCCAGCCAGCUGCCAUGACGACAACCAUUGCACCAGUGGUUUCUUCGUCUCCUCCACUUCCUCCUCCGGCGGCGCGAUCGCAGGGUUUCCCAAUUCCUCCCAGUGAGCCUCAUCAGCCUCAACCCUCACGCAUCUUUUCAUCUUUGCAUCCAGAUCCCAUUACCGGGCGUAUUCCUCAACCCCCAUUGAAUCCCAAUCCUACUCUACCGGGCCUACCUGAAGUCAAUAGAAACACUGCACCACCUCCUCUUUGGACUGCUCCUUCACAAUUCUACACGUACGGAAAUCCGCCGCCACCGUUGCCUUAUCAUCCGUUUGGACAGCCUCAGUACCCACAUCCACAUCCACCUCCACUUCCACUCCAACUUCAUCAGGCCUCCCGUCCUGCUGCUGAUCCCACUGAACACAUGCAGCCUGGUGCGAAUUAUCCUUAUGCUUUCCGGCCUUUUCAUCCUCCUCAAAAUGGACCACAAACUCGACGACCUUGAACAACCUCAAUCUUGAUUCUUGUCACAACUCAUUGAACACAUUGAUUGAGCGAAAACGAAUGAACAUAAAUUCUUGGCUUUGCAUGGCUACUAUUUCUUCGCCGAUAUUUAGCACAUCGAAUUGAAAAAGAUGACUGCGAUUCUCGUCGGUUUUGUAACAUAUCGCUUUUUUUUUCCUUUU